AUCUCAGUGGCUGAGUUUUAUGACGGGCCCGGUGCUGAAGGGCAGGGAACAACUGAUGGUGCUACUCUGAGCUGCUUUGCUUUUCUCCUUUUUGCACAAAGAGUCUCAUGUCCGAUAUUUAGACAUGGUGAGCUUUGUGCAAAAGGGGACCUGGUUACUUUUCGCUCUGCUUCAUCCCACUGUUAUUCUGGCACAACAGGAAGUUGUUGAAGGAGGAUGCUCCCAUCUUGGUCAGUCCUACGCGGAUAGAGAUGUCUGGAAACCAGAACCAUGCCAAAUAUGCGUCUGUGACUCAGGAUCUGUUCUUUGUGAUGACAUAAUAUGUGAUGACCAAGAAUUAGACUGUCCCAACCCCGAGAUCCCAUUUGGAGAAUGUUGUGCAGUUUGCCCACAGCCUCCAACAGCUCCCACUCGCCCUCCUAAUGGUCAUGGACCUCAAGGACCCAAAGGAGAUCCAGGUCCUCCUGGUAUUCCUGGGAGAAAUGGUGAUCCUGGUCUUCCAGGCCUGCCAGGUUCCCCUGGUUCUCCUGGCCCUCCUGGAAUCUGUGAAUCAUGCCCUACUGGUAACCAGAACUAUUCUCCCCAGUAUGAGGCGUAUGAUGUCAAGUCUGGAGUAACAGGAGGACUCCCAGGCUAUCCCGGGCCACCUGGUCCACCCGGCCCACCCGGUCCCCCUGGUGCAUCCGGUCAUCCUGGUUCCCCUGGUUCUCCAGGAUACCAAGGUCCCCCUGGUGAACCUGGGCAAGCUGGUCCUUCAGGUCCUCCAGGACCUCCUGGUGCUAUAGGUCCAUUAGGUCCUGCCGGAAAGGAUGGGGAAUCAGGAAGACCCGGACGACCUGGAGAGCGAGGAUUGCCUGGCCCUCCAGGUGUCAAAGGUCCAGCUGGCAUGCCUGGAUUCCCUGGUAUGAAAGGACAUAGAGGCUUUGAUGGACGAAAUGGAGAAAAAGGCGAACAAGGUGCUCCUGGAUUAAAGGGUGAAAAUGGCCUUCCAGGUGAAAAUGGAUCUCCUGGAGCGAUGGGUCCAAGAGGGCCUGCUGGUGAGAGAGGACGACCAGGACUUCCUGGAGCUGCAGGGGCUCGAGGUAAUGAUGGAGCUCGAGGAAGUGAUGGACAACCAGGUCCCCCUGGUCCCCCUGGAACUGCAGGAUUCCCUGGUUCCCCUGGUGCUAAGGGUGAAGUUGGACCUGCGGGAUCUCCUGGUUCAAAUGGCUCCCCUGGACAAAGAGGAGAACCUGGACCUCAGGGACAUGCUGGUGCUCCAGGUCUUCCUGGCCCUCCUGGGAGUAAUGGUAGUCCUGGUGGUAAAGGUGAAAUGGGUCCUGCUGGCAUUCCUGGGGCUCCUGGACUGAUAGGAGCCCGCGGUCCUCCAGGACCCUCUGGUACCAAUGGUGCUCCCGGGCAGCGAGGUGCUGCAGGUGAACCCGGUAAGAAUGGGGCCAAAGGAGAGCCAGGAUCACGUGGUGAACGCGGGGAAGCUGGUUCUCCAGGCAUUCCAGGACUUAAGGGUGAGGAUGGCAAAGACGGUUCUCCUGGAGAACCUGGUGCGAACGGACUUCCCGGAGCUGCAGGAGAAAGGGGUAUGCCUGGAUUCCGAGGACCUACUGGAGCAAAUGGCCUUCCAGGAGAAAAGGGUCCCCCCGGGGAGCGUGGUGGUCCAGGCCCUGCAGGGCCCAGAGGAGUUGCUGGAGAACCUGGCCGAGACGGCCUCCCUGGAGGUCCAGGAUUGAGGGGUAUGCCCGGUAGUCCUGGAGGACCAGGCAGCGAUGGGAAACCAGGGCCUCCCGGAAGUCAAGGAGAAAGUGGUCGACCAGGUCCUCCAGGCUCACCUGGUUCCCGAGGUCAGCCUGGUGUCAUGGGUUUCCCUGGUCCUAAAGGAAAUGAUGGUGCUCCUGGAAAGAAUGGAGAACGUGGUAGUCCUGGAGGUCCUGGCCCUCAGGUAUGUAGCUUUCAUCCACUCAUUUCCAGUCUUCUAGUAGAAGCAUUUCUCUCCAACUCUAUGACUUCUAUUAUCUUUAUCUCUGCUUCCAUAACUGUUUUUUUUUUUCAGGGUCCUGCUGGAAAGAAUGGUGAGACUGGACCUCAGGGUCCCCCAGGACCUACCGGACCAGGUGGUGACAAAGGAGACACAGGACCCCCUGGUCCACAAGGAUUACAAGGCUUGCCUGGAACGAGUGGUCCUCCAGGAGAAAAUGGAAAACCCGGUGAACCUGGCCCAAAGGGUGAGGCUGGUGCACCUGGAACUCCAGGAGGCAAGGGUGAUUCUGGUGCCCCCGGUGAACGUGGACUUACUGGACCUCCAGGGCCCCCUGGGCCUAGAGGGGGAACUGGCCCCCCUGGUUCCGAAGGAGGAAAGGGCGCUGCUGGUUCCCCUGGGCCACCUGGUAAUGCUGGUUCACCUGGUCUGCAAGGAAUGCCUGGAGAAAGAGGGGGUCCUGGAGGCCCUGGUCCAAAAGGUGACAAGGGUGAGCCCGGCAGUUCAGGUGUCGAUGGUGCUCCAGGGAAAGAUGGUCCAAGGGGUCCUACUGGUCCUAUUGGUCCCCCUGGCCCAGCUGGUCAGCCUGGAGAUAAGGGUGAAAGUGGUGCCCCUGGACUUCCGGGUAUAGCUGGUCCUCGUGGUGGCCCUGGUGAGAGAGGUGAACAUGGGCCACCAGGACCUGCCGGCUUUCCUGGUGCUCCUGGCCAGAACGGUGAGCCUGGUGGUAAAGGUGAAAGAGGUGCUCCUGGUGAGAAAGGUGAAGGAGGCCCUCCUGGAGUCGCAGGGCCCCCCGGAAGUGCUGGGCCUUCCGGUUCCCCUGGUCCCCCAGGUGUCAAAGGCGAACGUGGCAGUCCUGGUGGUCCUGGUGCUGCUGGCUUCCCUGGUGGUCGUGGUCUUCCUGGUCCUCCUGGCAAUAAUGGUAACCCAGGCCCCCCAGGCCCCAGUGGUCCUCCAGGCAAAGAUGGCCCCACAGGUCCAGCUGGUAGUAAUGGUGCUCCUGGCAGCCCUGGGGUGUCUGGACCAAAGGGUGAUGCUGGCCAGCCGGGUGAGAAGGGACCACCUGGCUCCCAGGGCCCUCCGGGAGUUCCAGGCCCACUUGGAGUUGCAGGGAUUGCUGGAGCACGAGGUCUUGCAGGCCCACCAGGCAUGCCAGGUAGUAGGGGCAGCCCCGGCCCACAGGGCCUCAAGGGUGAAAAUGGGAAACCAGGAGCUAGUGGUCUCAAUGGAGAACGUGGUCCUCCUGGAGCCCAGGGUCUUCCUGGUCUGGCUGGUGCAGCUGGUGAACCUGGAAGAGAUGGAAACCCUGGAUCAGAUGGUCUGCCAGGCCGAGAUGGAUCUCCUGGUAGCAAGGGUGACCGUGGUGAAAAUGGCUCUCCUGGCCCCCCUGGUGCUCCUGGUCAUCCAGGCCCGCCUGGCCCUGUCGGUGCAGCUGGAAAGAGUGGUGACAGAGGAGAAACUGGCCCUGCUGGUCCUUCUGGUGCCCCAGGUCCUGUUGGUUCAAGAGGUCCUCCUGGUCCCCAAGGCCCACGUGGUGACAAAGGUGAAACGGGUGAACGUGGUGCUAAUGGCAUCAAAGGACAUCGCGGAUUCCCUGGUAACCCAGGUUCCCCAGGUUCCCCGGGUCCCUCUGGUCACCAAGGUGCAGUCGGUAGUCCAGGACCUGCAGGCCCCAGAGGACCUGUUGGACCCAGUGGGCCCCCUGGCAAAGAUGGAACAAGUGGACACCCUGGUCCCAUCGGACCACCAGGGCCUCGAGGUAACAGAGGCGAAAGAGGAUCUGAGGGCUCCCCAGGCCACCCAGGACAACCAGGCCCUCCUGGGCCCCCUGGUGUCCCUGGUCCAUGCUGUGGUGGUGGGGUUGCUGCCAUCGCUGGCAUUGGAGGUGAAAAAUCUGGGGGUUUUGCCCCAUAUUAUGGAGAUGAACCAAUGGAUUACAAAAUCAACACCGACGAGAUUAUGACUUCACUCAAAUCAGUCAAUGGACAAAUAGAAAGCCUCCUUAGUCCUGAUGGUUCUCGUAAAAACCCUGCUCGGAACUGCAGAGACCUGAAAUUCUGCCAUCCUGAACUCAAGAGUGGAGAAUAUUGGGUUGAUCCUAACCAAGGUUGCAAGAUGGACGCUAUUAAAGUAUACUGUAACAUGGAAACUGGGGAAACGUGCAUAAAUGCCAGUCCUUUGACUAUUCCACGUAAGAACUGGUGGACAAAUUCUGCUGCUGAGAAGAAACAUGUUUGGUUUGGAGAAUCCAUGGAUGGUGGUUUUCAGUUUAGCUAUGGCAAUCCUGAACUUCCUGAAGAUGUCCUCGAUGUCCAGCUGGCAUUCCUCCGACUUCUCUCCAGCCAGGCCUCCCAGAACAUCACAUAUCACUGCAAGAAUAGCAUUGCAUACAUGGAUCAUGCCAGUGGGAAUGUGAAGAAAGCCUUGAGGCUGAUGGGCUCAAAUGAAGGUGAAUUCAAGGCUGAAGGAAAUGGCAAAUUCACCUACUCAGUUCUGGAGGAUGGUUGCACGAAACACACUGGGGAAUGGGGCAAAACAGUCUUCGAAUAUCGAACACGCAAGGCCGUCAGACUACCUAUUGUAGAUAUUGCACCCUUCGAUAUUGGUGGUCCUGAUCAAGAAUUUGGUGUGGACGUUGGCCCUGUUUGCUUUUUAUAAACCAAACUCUAUCUGAAAUCCCAGCAAAAAGUUUCACACUCCAUAUGUGUUCCUCUUGUUCUAAUCUUGUCAACCAGUACAAGUGACCAACUAAGUUCAAGUUAUUUAUUUCCAAAAUUUUUGGAAAAAGUGUAAUUUGACCAAAAAAGAAUACUUUUUUUUUUUUUUUUUUUUUUUUUGCUGUUACACCAAAUACAGUUCAAAUGCUUUUUGUUCUAUUUUUUUACCAAUUCCAAUUUCAAAAUGUCUCAGUGGUGCUAUAAUAAAUAAACUUCAACACUCUUCUAAUAACACUGUGUUACAUUCUUUGAAUCCUAGCCCAUUUGCAGAGCAAUGACAGUGCUUACCAUCAAAAGAUAACCUUUCUUCUGAAAUAGUCAAACAUGAAAUUAGAAAAGACCUUCCUGUUUCAACUACCUCAACCUGGUCAGAAACACAGAUGAAUUCUAUAAGCCCCAUAAGAUGAAAAAAAUUGUAUAAAAUACCAAAACUUAUAAAUUUCACUGAUUAAGUUCCUAAAAUAUUGGUUAAAAGAAAAAGAGUAGAGUGUAGUACAAGAAUUUAAAGAAAUAUUUUUGAAGCCAUAAUUAUUUUAAUCUUGAAUAUCAACUGCUUUUAAAGGUGCUUUUCCUUUUUCUUGUCAUUGCUGGUCAAGAUUACCAAUAUUUGGCAAGGCUUUAAAGACACAUGUUCUGGUGCUAAUGUACUUUCACUUUUAAAACUAGGUCAGAAUUGUUGCCUUACGUUCAAAACACAGAUGCACACCAUCUGUACAUGUCUCCGGUCAAAAAGAUUUCCUGGUGUGUCACUGCCGGGGACUCUUUCUCUGCAACCUGUAAAAGUCAACAACAAAAACAAAAAACAAAUUUUGGGGCUGCUUUUGUCACAAUAACAGAGAAUGUGUUGAAAUUAAACUUUGUAAGCUUGUAUGUGGUUGUUGAUCUUUUUUUUCUUACAGACACUCAUAAUAAAAUAUCAUAA